GGCGGGGCGGGGGGCGGCCCCGCGGGCCCGGUGCCCGGUGCUCGGCAGUCUGCGGGAGCUGCGGAGCGAGCGCGGCCAUGGCGGCGGCCCCGGCGGAGGCGGAGACCCGGCAGCGGCUGCUGCGCACCGUCAAGAAGGAGGUGAAGCAGAUCAUGGAGGAGGCUGUGACGAGGAAGUUUGUGCAUGAGGACAGCAGCCACAUAAUCUCCUUUUGUGCCGCCGUGGAAUGCUGUGUGCUGUUCGGGCUGAAGCGGAGGGCGGCCGGGUUCCUGCGCAGCAACAAGAUCGCAGCGCUCUUCAUGAAGGUGGGCAAGAGCUUCCCCCUGGCAGAGGAGCUCUGCAGGAAGGUGCAGGACCUGGAGCAGCUCAUUGAGAACGCGCGGAACCAAGCCCAGGGGGUCCCGGAGAACGUGCGCAAGGUGCCGAAGCUGCCCAACCUGUCCCCUCAGGCCAUCAAGCACCUCUGGAUCCGCACGGCCCUCUUCGAAAAGGUCCUGGAUAAAAUCGUGCACUACCUGGUGGAGAACAGCAGUAAGUACUAUGAGAAGGAAGCUCUCCUGAUGGAUCCUGUGGAUGGGCCAAUUCUAGCAUCUUUAUUGGUGGGGCCCUGUGCGCUGGAAUACACCAAGAUGAAGACUGCUGACCACUUCUGGACAGACCCCUCUGCAGAUGAGCUGGUCCAGAGGCACCGGAUCCACAGCUCCCACUGCCGCCAGGACUCGCCCACCAAGCGCCCGGCUCUCUGCAUUCAGAAAAGACAUUCCAGUGGCAGCAUGGAUGACAGGCCAUCCCUGUCUGCCAGGGACUACGUGGAGUCCCUGCACCAGAAUUCCCGAGCCACGCUCCUGUACGGCAAGAACAACGUCCUGGUGCAGCCGCGAGAUGACAUGGAGGCAAUCCCGGGGUACCUGUCCCUUCACCAGACUGCUGACAUCAUGGCACUGAAGUGGACCCCCAACCAGCUGAUGAACGGCUCCGUGGGCGACCUGGACUAUGAGAAGAGCGUGUACUGGGACUAUGCCAUGACCAUUCGCCUGGAGGAGAUCGUGUAUCUGCACUGUCACCAGCAGGUAGACAGCGGUGGCACGGUUGUCCUGGUGAGCCAGGAUGGCAUCCAGAGGCCACCUCUGCGCUUCCCCCGUGGAGGGCACUUGCUGCAGUUCCUGUCCUGCCUGGAGAACGGCCUCCUGCCCCACGGGCAGCUGGAUCCACCCCUCUGGUCACAGCGGGGAAAGGGAAAGGUGUUCCCCAAACUGAAGAAGCGAAGCCCCCAGGGCUCCUCUGAGUCUGCAUCUGACAAGGAAGAUGACGAAGCCACGGAUUAUGUCUUCAGGAUCAUCUACCCCGGGACACAGAUGGAGUUUGUUGCCAUUAAUGGUGCUUUUCACCCAUUCCUUGCACCUGUGACUGCUGGGAGAGGGAAGAUCAUGAAGAUUCCAGCUGGAAGCAAGAUGGUGGUGAUCCCUAAAUGGUGCCUGAGUCUCCCUGGCAGAUCCCGAGCUCUCCGUGCUGCUCUGGGCACCUCUUGGCAUCAGUUGCCCCAGGACCUGAUGGACGCUCCGGGGGCUGUCCUGCCCCCCAUGUGGCAGCCCAGCACCCGCAAAUCCUCCUGCUCCUCCUGCUCCCAGAGCGGCUCCUCCGACGGGGGCCCGGCCAACGGCUGCAGCCACGAGAGAGCCCCGCUGAAGCUGUUAUGUGACAACAUGAAGUACCAGAUCCUGUCCCGGGCUUUCUAUGGAUGGUUGGCCUACUGCAGGCACCUGUCCACGGUGAGGACGCACCUGUCGGCGCUGGUGAACCACAGCAUCGUGUCCCCCGACGUGCCCUGCAGCGCCAGCGAGGGGCUGACCGUGGACAUCUGGCACAGAUACCUGCAGGACAGCUCGAGUUACGAGGACCAGGAGCUGCUGCGGCUGAUCUACUACGGCGGGAUCCAGCACGAGAUCAGGAAAGCUGUGUGGCCCUUCCUGCUGGGCCAUUACCAGUUUGGGAUGACAGAGGCGGAGAGGAAGGAGGCUGACGAGCAGACCCGGGCGUGCUACGAGCACACCAUGGCAGAGUGGCUGGGCUGCGAGGCCAUCGUCCGGCAGCGCGAGAAGGAGUCGCACGCCGCGGCCCUGGCCAAGUGCUCCUCGGGGGCCAGCCUGGACUCCCACAUCCAGAGGAUGAUGCACAGGGACUCCACCAUCAGCAACGAGUCCUCGCAGAGCUGCAGCUCCGGCCGGCAGAACCACGCCCGGCUGCAGAGCGACUCCAGCUCCAGCACCCAGGUGUUUGAAUCUGUGGAUGAGGUGGAGCAGACUGAAGUAGAUUCUCAGCUGGAAGAUGGCAAACAAAGCAAGAUCCCUAAUGGGACAGUCCCCAAUGGCACGUGCUCCCCUGAUUCUGGGCACCCCUCUUCCCAGAACUUCUCCAUCACAUCGGGGUUCUCGGAGCGCAGCUUCAGCAACGAGGACAGUGCCCUGGAAACCACCAAAUCCUCAUCCAGCUCCCAGGGAAAGGCUGCUGGGUCUGACGUGCCCGCCCCGCCAGACACGGACGGUGUCCAGCAGGAGAAGCUGCAGGGCCAAGACAGCCUGGAAGGUGAAUUCCCCACUGGUGGAAGCGUGGAUUUUGUCCCCAUGGGCUCGGGCUCGGCGGGGCUCCUGCGUGACGGUGACGCUGUGGCCCUGACUGUGGUGGAGAGCUGGGCAGACAGCGAGGCGGAGAAGCAGAGCCUGGUGGAGAGUGAGGACAACCUCUCUGAGGAGCCAGAGAUGGAGAGUCUGUACCCACAGCUGGACUCUCUGACUGUGACUGAUCUGACCAGCAGUGAACCAGCUGCUCUCUCCUCCACGGGUGUCACCUACUCUCCAGAGCUGCUGGACAUGUACACGGUGAACCUGCACCGCAUCGAGAAGGACGUGCAGCGCUGUGACCGCAACUACUGGUACUUCACCCCCGCCAACCUGGAGAAGCUCCGCAACGUCAUGUGCAGCUACAUCUGGCAGCACAUUGAGAUUGGCUACGUGCAGGGGAUGUGUGACCUGCUGGCCCCUCUCCUGGUCAUCCUGGAUGAUGAGGCUCUGGCUUUCAGCUGCUUCACCGAGCUGAUGAAGAGGAUGAACCAGAACUUCCCCCACGGAGGAGCCAUGGACACCCACUUUGCCAACAUGAGGUCGCUGAUCCAGAUUCUGGACUCUGAGCUCUUCGAGCUGAUGCACCAGAAUGGGGAUUACACUCAUUUCUACUUCUGCUACCGAUGGUUUCUCCUGGACUUCAAGAGAGAGCUGGUGUAUGACGACGUCUUUGCUGUCUGGGAGACCAUCUGGGCUGCUGCUCAUGUCUCCUCUGCUCACUACGUGCUCUUCAUAGCCCUGGCCCUGGUGGAGAUGUACCGGGACAUCAUCCUGGAGAACAACAUGGAUUUUACAGACAUCAUCAAGUUUUUCAAUGAAAUGGCCGAGCGCCACAACACCAAGCAGAUCCUGAAGCUGGCUCGGGACCUGGUCUAUAAAGUGCAGACUCUGAUCGAGAACAAAUGAAGGAGCCGGGGCAGAUGAGGCACCCACAGAGCCAGGACUCCCCUCCCUUCUCCUGUUUCUCCAAGUGCCACACCUGUGGGACUCAGGUGGUGGGACACGUGCUGCUACGUGAGCUGGGAGUCCCCUGGGCUCAGCACAGGCCCUGGCUCAGACCUUCUGCAGUGACUCAACCAAAGAUCCCUCCAGGUGUGUUCCUGUGCUGGGAGCAGCACCAGGCAGUGGCUUCCUGGCCUCGGAGCAGCUGCCGUGGCCACCAAAACUGCCCAGGCACUGCCACGUCCCAGGGCACAGCUCGGGGGCUGGGGGAGCAGAGCUUGGUGGCACAGAGGGAAAGCUGAUUCCUUGGAAGGCUGCAACCCUUCCCUGUGGUGUGGGAAGGCAGGCAGCACAGGGAUGCUGCCAGUUCUCAGCUUCUCACCAACACAACGAGGUUCUGCCAGUAAAAGGGGGGACUUUGAUCACAGAAAUUCCUCUUUUGAUCUUGUCCCUCAAUGCAUUGCUUCCCCUUCAGUAUUUUCUUUCUUUAGGGCUCUGUUUUCUCCCUGGGAUUUUACAGUGUUCCUACAAUAUCUGAGCACACAAGAGAUUAGUUUCUGGAUGGAUUUUCAGAACAGCUCCAAAUUCAGCAUUGGGGUUAUUUUUCAGUGUAAUGUUCUCUGAACGCUGGGAAAUCUGGUCCUGACCUCCUCUGGGAACUCCAGGCUGGAGGUUUUCUUACCUGCCUUACUUUAGCUGCUUGUGGUAGGAGUCUGGUCUCUUAUUGUUCCUCUGAGCUCUUGUGAGGGAAGGGCUCCUCAGAAGACAAGUCAGAGCUCCUGAUUUAUCCUGACUUUCCCUCUGACAGCUUCAGGACUGGCUGUUGAGUCCCCUAAACCCACUGAGCAUUUCCAGUUAGGUCUUGGUGGGCUUUUCCCACAGGCCUGUGAGAGGAAAAUAGCCCAAGGUCCCUGAGUGGGCUUUGCUUUGGGAAGAUGCACUUGUGUGGCCACUUUUCCUGCACAGCCUGGAGCCCACUGCAUGAAGUGCCUCUCCAGCUGCUGUGUCCCACACAGGCUGCCCUGCAGAGGCUUCGGAGUCAUUUUUCAACUCAGGUAAAAACAAUACAGGAAGAGGAGAGGGGUGGGUGGAUGGAGGGUCCAGCCCAGCUGGGGAGAGCAGUGCUGGAGGUGCUGGGCUGGAGCUCUCUCUGAGGGUACUUUUCUCUCGAGUUUUGCUGCAAACAUUUGUGUUCCCCCCUGGUGCAGUGUGUGCUGUGUGUGUGCUCUUCUCUGGCCCUGCUCCUGCCUUGCCACAGGGGGGAAAAGGAAAAAAAAGUUCCUCCUCCCGUGGAACAUCUGUCUGUGCUGGUUUGUGCUGGCUCGUGUCAGAUGUUGCUGGCAGGAAAAAGGUGGCUGUCAGUCUGCACAGGUGAAAACUGCUGCUGCAGGGAAGGUCUGGGCAGCGUGGUGGAGUGACCAAAUCAGCAAUUUCUGUGCUCUGGGACAUGGGGGUCACAGCUGGAAAAGGCAGUGGCACAUCCUGAACCCUACAGGGAAGGGCUGGGGCAGGAGGAGAGCAAUGGGAAGCUCUUCACUCCUAUUAAUCCCAACAAUCUGGGAAUUCCCUGAAGCAGUAAAACCUCAAAGUGUGCUGGGCUGCAGUAGCACAGGAAAAAAAGAGCUUGACAUCUGCCAGUUCCUGUGAGAAUCUUUCAUCUUUCCACCAAGCAGAGUGAAAAGCUCAUGUCCUCCCUCCUUCCCAGGCUGCUCCUGUUCCCUCUGGGUUCUAGGACCGAUCUGUCACCUGUCUAGAGGGAAAGGGAAGGGCUCUGUUCUCCCCUUCCACCUGCAGGUCACCUUAAACACCACCUGACGAGCAACGUUGCUGACACUAAACCUUUCAAGCUUCUUUCCUUGGUUUUUAAACAAAAACAGCCAAGAAAUUCUGCACAAUAUUUGCUGUCUGUAUUUACUGAGAGUGUCUUUGGGCCGCUCAAUAGCAGUGUUUUUUUGAAUAAUUUCUGGGGGGGAGAAAAAAUGUAUUUAUUUAUUGGUUGUACCUGACUGUGUGUCCUUGUGUGCUGGCGUGUGAGUGCGCGCUGUUGUGCAAAUGGAAAUAGAAAUUUUCAAUGUUAUUUACGAUAUCUUGUAAAUGUUUACCAGAGAAUUGUGUCUAUAUAUAAUAUAUAUACAGUAUAGAGAGAAAAUAUGUGAACUAAGUGGGUUAUUUUUUGAUGGGGAGGGGUGAGGAAUCUUUUGCUUCUAAGAACUGUGUGGUUUCUAUAGCACCUGUUCCAUGAUGUGCCAAUCUCUCACUGUCCCUGUGCUGGGAGAGUUGCUCUGGUGGGGCAACAGGAAGCUCAGAGCAGAGCCACCAUCACACCCUCAGUUUGGCUUCAUCUUGGCUCUGACUUUAAGACUGGACAAGAGAAAAAAAAAAAAGGAGGGAAAAUUAAUAUAAAAAAGCUUUGUUUCAGCUGUUGGGUAAGUUCUUGUGCUUGUGGGGACCCACAGUGAGACCCCACCAGGAGCCUGUGGCUCUUUGAUGGUUAAAAGCUGCUAGGAAGCUGAAAAGCAAAGUUUUGCUGUGCAGCUGUUUGUGGGUCUUCUCUGGCCUCAGCCUCUCCUGCCUGGCUCUGCCUCCCUGCUGGAUCCCCAGGAGAUAAAGCUUUGUUCUGGAAUUCUGACGGGGCAAUCGUGGUGCUGGAAGCCAGCAGGGAUCUCUCCCAGCUGUGCAGCCAAGGAUGGCCUGUUUGCCACGCAGCAGAGGCCUGGCACCAGGCUUGCCCAUAUACAGUAAUCUUGUCUGGCCCCUUGGGGAAGAGGAAUGUCUCGUCCCAGCAGCUCUGUGCAGCUGAAAUCCCCCCCAGCAAUGGCACUGCCAGCCCAGGACUAUUUUAGCCUGUUGUUGGCUCUGUGGGAACAGGCACUGGAGCUCUGUGCCUUAAACUGACAGAGGGCAGGGUUAGAUUGGAUUUUAGGAAGAAAUUCUGCACUACAAGGCACUGGCACACCCUCUAUCCCUGGAAUCCAGGACUGGGCUUGGAACAACCUGGGAUAGUGGAAGAUGUCCCUGGCCAUGGCAAGAGGUGGAACAGGGUGAUCUCUUAAAUUUCCUUCCAACUCCAACCAUUUCAUAACUCCAUGCUUUCUGAGGAGACUGCUGCAUUCUCCCCUGGGUGCAGGAGGGUGGCAGGAGCUGCCAGCCCACGUUCCCUGCCCCAGACACUCCAAGCUGAGCCUGAGGAAGGAAGGAUGGGCUCCACGGGCUGAGUUCAGCUCCCAUCCCACCCUCACUCAGCACCCACUUUGCUGUGGGGUUUGGGGUUUGUCUCACACUCAAGCUGCUGAGCUCAGGUAAUCUUGGGUGUGUAAAUCCACUGAGUGUUUGUGUCCUGGCCCUGUGUUCCCCCGAGGGAGUGACAAGUGGAUUCUCUUCCUGCAUUUGAGCUUUCUGCUCUUGCAACCUUCCAACAAGCUCCUGGUACCCAUCUCUUUUGGUGUCACCUGUGCAGACCCUUUAGAAGUUGUGUUUGUUUCUAAAUGUGUGAUUUUCCUGAGAGUUUUUCCUCUUGCUCUGUCGAGUCCCUGAAUUGCUUUGCUGUGAAUAUUUUUCAUGAAGACUUGAAAAAAGGGUUGGUGGUUUGUUUUUUUUUUUUUGUGUGGGGACUUCCUGCUGUGUCCCUCUCCUGCUCUCAUCCAGCCCCUGGCAUGGGGAACAUCCCUUAACUCAUCCAAAUGCACCUGGUAGUGCAACACGAGCCAGCAGUGGAACUGCAGGUGUCACCCCUUGUCACUGAAAAAAAGGUGAAAAAAAGGCUGAGAGAUGGAACUAUUGAAGAGAUGGGUCCCAAAAUCCCUGGAGACACAAGCCUUGUGGCCAAGAACAGUUUAUGGGAUGCAGUUCUUCUUAUUAUUUGGGUUCUAUUUAUUUAUUACUUGUUUUGCCUGGCUAUUUUCCCUCUCUUUCCUGGAUUUUCCUGAGGUUGGUUCCCUGCACUGGGAGCCAUGUAGCCAAUAGGCCUCUGACCAGGGACUGGACCAGUUCUGGGAUUUUCAUCCCCUAAAUUUGCUUUUGAAAUAUCUUACAAUAUCUAAAUCACUUUUCUCUAUAGAGGCACAGUGGGAGCCUCUGAGCCUUUGUUCAGUAGGACCAAAAUGAUGGUCAUGUCAUCAAAACCUGUUUUAUUUCUCAUUCCAUUUGGGAAUUUCCCCAAGUACUGAGCAUUUUACUAUUGUGUGAGCACAAACUGAUAGAGCACAACGUAGAGAUGGAGUUCCAACCCUUCCUAGCACUAUGGAAGGGUUGGAACUCACCAGAACCUGUGUCAGGAAUUCCUAUAAAAGCUUUUUCGGAAACCCUGAAGUAGAUCAAAUGCCACUGAUUGUUCCUGCUUUUCCACUCAAGGUCAGCAUCCUCAUUGCCCUUAAUAAGCAAUAUUUCACUGAUGAAGGCAUCUAAACAAUUGUGGUUCUCAGUGUGACCACAAUUCUGUCCUCUGAUGGCCACGUGGGCCAUGGCUGAGGCCAUUUGGUGCCAUAGCCACACAUUCACACAGCUCAGUGUGUGGAUUCCUUCCCAACUUUACCCAAAUCCUGAACUUCCUGGAGAAUGUACGUGGUUGGAAUGGCCGUGAAAGUAUUUUAAUGUAUCUAGUUUAAUUUCUAAUUUAAUUUUAGAUUUGUGAUAAGCAUAUUCCACCUUAAAUUCCUGUUCAGUAGUUUAAUAGCUUCCUUUUAGAGAUGGAUUGUGCACAUGGAGGCUGAGCUGUGGAUGGUGCUGCAGGGGACAGUCCCUUCUCCACGGUGGCUCCUGAGCCAUUAGCAGUGGGAUAUGACUGAGAGCAAGAGCAUCAGUGCUUUGAUGAGGGGGAAAAAGCACCAUCUAUUCUUUUUUUUACAUUAUUUUUUAACGAAUGAAUGCUAAAGAUUAAACUAUGCACAAGAUCUUAAAUACAUGGAAGUUUAAGGAAUGAGUAUGGCUUUGCUGCUAAGGACGAUAAAGAAUUGAAAAUCCUGAUCCUGGGUGAGACUAAAAAUGUCAUUGUUGUGACUAUGUAAGAUUGACUUAAAUUCUCAGAAGUUUAUCCUCUCUGGAGAGUAAUUCCCAGAAGCCAGGGAAUAAAUUGUUUUCCUAAACAGAAUUAAUGAAAGGCUUUGAAAAUGUAACGUGGAUGUAACUUCAGACCCACGAUUGUCACUUCUGUUGUUCAAAGAGUGUUCUGGAGAGCCAGGCAGGGCGACAGGGUGUGACAGCCAUCGUGGGGGCUCUGUGGGACAGGGAAUUACCCCUCAGCACAGGGAUUUGAAUGUAUCUGGUGUCCUGGCAUUAGACUUUUCUGUUGCCCUACACAGAAUUGCUGCUUUUCUCUGUUGGAUGCCAUUUUGGUCUCUGGGAGUUGCUCUAUCUGAGCUUAACGAGCACUUACAGCUUUUAAUCUAUUUGUAGAAGUGCUGCUAAUGUUCUUAGAUUAUCUGAAUUCCACACUGUGGUAUAAUAUCUGUUUUAUAUUAUUUUAUUCAUGCUUUUGGUUUUUUUUUUAAUGUAAACUGUUCCUUCUUGUUGUUGAGAAAGAAAAAUUAAAGCUCUAUUCUCUAUGGUUAA